AUGGAGGCGGUGUGCGUUCCUAACGACAGCGCGUGUGAAAUGCGCGCACUGGCUGCGGCGUUGCACUCGCUGAACCUAUACUGCGCUUCAAUUACUGCCGCGCUGAUGUGCUGCUGUGCUCCCAUACAUAAACACUACAGGCACUCAAAGCGAUGGCGUGGCCAAAACGUGCGUGGGGUGGCGAGCCUUGUACUGGGAGCAGCAUGGUGUUGCGAUGCAGCGGCUGCCUUACUAAGACCAGCGGACACCGUACGCAUUGUUGCAGCGCUGAUGGGUCCCUUAUCCUGGCUAGCUGCUGCUGUAUUUCACAUUGCCCUGUGGACGAGACGCUCAGCAGCCCCCAUCCUAUACCUUGCUAUCUACUGGAUGCUCGCAGCAGCAUCCUCGGCAACCAUUUUAUGGCAACACAUCCUCGCUGGCGCAUCAUCAAACAACAUUGAGAUAUACACUCAAGGAAUUUCGUUGCUAAUGAUUGUGUUGAUAUCUGUGGUUGACUGCGUGUGCUUCUAUGAUGAGGUUAGAAAACGUUUCAGAAAUGAUCAAUCCAACCACAUACCUAAUAUAUGCUACAAAUACAAUGACACACAUUUCUAUUCGAAAGUGACUUUCUUUUGGUUAAAUUCUUUACUGAGAAAAGGGUACCGGGCACCGUUAGAUCCAGACUAUCUCGGCGAUCUUCCAGACGACGAACGUUCAAUACACUAUUAUAAAGAGUUUGACAAGAUAUACAGGAACAAAAACAAAAUGGAUUCUAAUAAAAACAGUCCUAGCCUGCUCUCCUGCUACAUUCGUAAAAUCUGGCCAAACUUUUAUAUCGCUGGUAUAUUAAAACUGUUCGGCGACAUGAUUUCCGUCGUACCUCCAUUAGGACUGGCAAUUAUCAUUCAAUAUAUCGAUGGACCCGUUAAAAUUUAUGAUCAUAGUACACAAGUGACUGUAGACGAAUAUCUUAGCAAUGGAUAUGUGAUGCUACUUAUUGUUACACUGGCACUUAUUAGUCAAGCAUUUCUAUCUCAGAACUCAACACAUUUAGUGACGGUCGAAGGCACAAGGCUGAAAACAGCUCUGCAAACCAUGGUUUACGAUAAAUGUAUGAGACUCGCGCCUUGGACACCGACUGAAACAGACGAAGAUGAGGAGACCCGGCUCCUGCAUGAUCCCGAAGAAAACAGCAAUACAAGAAGUGGACUUAUAACAAAUCUAGUAUCGCAGGAUACGUACAAUGUCAUGUCAUGUGUUUGGAUUUGUCAUUAUAUAUGGGCCAUACCGUUAAAGGUAGUGGUAAUACUAUAUUUGCUGUAUACUAAACUGGGAGUAAGUGCAAUAAUAGGCACAAUAGCAAGUGUUGUCAUCUUAACACCAAUACAGUUCUAUGUAGGAAUGAAAAUAUCAGACAAUUCCAAGAACAUCGGAAAAUGUACAGACCACAGGAUUUCAAAGAUGACAGAGAUUUUACAAGGCAUAGACGUUAUAAAACUUUAUGUUUGGGAGGAUUUGUUCAAUGAGAAAAUUUUACAAUUAAGAGAAGUUGAAUUGAAACUUCUCAAUAAAGAUUCAAUUUACUGGAGUUUUUUAACUUUCACAACCCAAAUAUCUUCCAUUCUGAUAACAGUGAUCACUUUUACGGUGUACUAUUUUAUAGACAAUGACAGUCGGUUCACAGCAGUGAAUGUUUUCGCUGGACUGGCUCUGUUCAAUCAACUCACUGUGCCUUUACUAAUUUUGCCCGUAACCGUACUCAUGGUAAUUCAAGCGAUGGUUAGUACAAAGAGGAUUCAAGAUUUUUUGGAACUGCCCGAAUCGAACAAUGUAGAUGAAAAUGAUUCCCACAACCGAGCUAUAGCUGCAAAAUUAAAAAGAAAUGAAGAGAUUUUCCCUAAAUUAUCGGAGAAAGAUGACGUGGACAACAAUGACUUCGUCAUUAGAAAUGAAUCUGACGGGGCGGAAUGUAUUGAUCAUUUUCCUGACGACGACGUAAACAAUAUGUCAUCUCAAAUUCCUGAUUACAUUGUCAGCUUUAAAAAUGCAGCCCUGACUUGGGGCAAGAGUAAUGAAAUGCCUCUAGAAAUUGACGAUUUAGAUAUUCCAGCAGGUAAACUAAUCAUGGUUGUCGGUGCAACUGGAUCAGGAAAAUCUUCAUUGCUAUCUGCCAUUCUCGGGGAAAUGUACCUAGACCGAGGUGACAUCGUUUACAACAAAUGUUGUACAAUGUGGUACGCGGGUCAACCACCAUGGCUCUUAGAGGGAUCAAUUCGCAAUAACAUCGUUAUGGAUAAUCCGUGGUGUCAGAGAAAAUAUGGGCGUGUACUGCGAGCGACCGGUUUGAGGCCGGAUCUUCAGCUAUUACCUGAGGGCGAUGCUACGCAACUGGGUAGUCAUGGAACACCUCUGUCCGGUGGACAACGAAUCAGAGUUUGUGUGGCUCGAGCACUGUACUCCAACGCAUCGCUCUUGGCACUUGAUGAGCCUCUGGCUGCACUCGAUGCUCCACUAGCGAGACACUUGGUGGCUCGUGGACUGGUACCCGCAGCGCGAGCUGGACGCACAGUCAUCAUUGCCACUAACCGCCUUGAGCUACUGCAUUAUGCUGAUUUGAUAAUAGCAAUGGAGGAGGGUCGAAUAUGCGGUAUAGGUCGGGCCUCAUCGGCGUGCUCAGGCGCAUUGGCUCGCUGGGCUCGUCUGGCUGGUGAGGCACGAGCUGCCGCUGCUCGGGCUGGUGCUGGACCACCUGGUGGUGCUACACGAGAACGGUCAAGAUUACUACGUGCAUUAAGUCGCACUAGGUUUCAGAGAUGUAUCUCUGACGAGACUACGGUGGGUAUAAGCGAAGCAGCGGGUGCUCAUCUAUUGUCGGAGGUGCCGACAUGUGCUGGAGGAAGUUGGCGUAGACGAGUCACACAACGUUCUAGACCAAAUCUCUCCAGGCAGUUGUCUUCACCACCGCCCUCAAUGUUUAAUUCCAAAUGGCGGCCGGACGUGCGUCGCGCUGUCAGUGCCGACGAAUCGAACAUCGCACUGCAGCGUGAGGCGAGCUUCCUGCGUCGUCUGUUGCAACCGCGACCUACUCGCACACUCAAUAGAUGGACGCCAAAGACAUUACGACGUUUAAUUAGCACAGAUUCGGAAAGCGCUCAUGAAGAUAACCUUAACAGUGAUGUACCUGAUGAAUCCGGAGUUGACACUACGCCAUAUAGUUCGUUGACAUCAAAUGGUGUUGAAACAAAUAACAUAAUCGCUGAUAAUGAAGAUUCUAGUAUUGAACAGAAAUCUGAUGUCGCCAAUGAGUGUGUCAUCUGGUGGGAAUAUGCACGCGCUUGCAAAUGGUGGAGCGGCGCAUACUGGGCAGCGGCCGCCACCGCACAAGCUCUUGCGCUGGCUGCCGAUUGCUGGCUUACGUACAUCACGAGUCAGAGUUCACAAACUGAACUCAAUGACAUGACUUGGGCCGGAGUCCGUACAUAUGCAGUGUGGUGCGGCUGCGGUGCACUGGCGGCGGGUGCAGCGCAGGCAGCAUGCGCGUGCGCCGGUGCUGGGGCGCGACGUAAAUUCCACGAGCGCCUACUCCAUGCAACGCUACACGCCUCACCCAACCACCACCGGGCCACUCCACUCGGGACUACCUUACAUCGCUUUGCCGCUGACAUACUCGUUAUCGAUAAGAAACUACCGACUGCGAUUAGCAGGUGGGCUCAGCUUGCUCUGCUGUGUACCGCCGCUUUGCUCGUCAAUGCCAUAGUCGCACCUUGGAGCCUGCUGGCUUCGCUGCCUGCUUUGUUUUGCUACCUCACUCUACAAUCUGUUUAUCUGUGUAACGCCAGAGAGCUUCAGUCUGCGGAAGCGCAAAGUUCGGCGAGGGUGGUGUCGUUGUGCGCAGAGACAUGUGCUGGUGGCAGCACCAUCCGCGCCGGGAGAUUACAAGCGCGCAUGCGCACCACUUUCUUACGCAGAAUUGAUAAUAACCACAACACGCUUCUUUUGUUGAAUGCUGCCAACCGGUGGCUUGGGCUAACUUUGGAUCUGGUAGGAGCUGCUAGUGUAAGUGUGUUAUUGGCCGCUUGUGUCUUCGGAGGUGUAAAGAGCGGUGCUGCGGCGGGUUUAGCAGGCGCGUAUUCCUUGUUGCUGCCCGCAUACUUGGCACAUCUGGCCAAGUGCCGCGCCGACUUGCAUUUGCAACUUGCCGCUCUGGAGCGGAUACACACUGAUACCAAUAUACCCCAAGAGGAUUACAGAGACGACUGUCCAAUACCAGCAGGUUGGCAACGAAACGGAAAAAUAGAAUUUGAAAAUGUCAGCAUCCAGCAUGAACCAGGCACGACUCCAAUACUCAAAAAUAUAAACCUUACCAUAUCUCCUGGGGAAAGGGUUGCGAUAUGCGGUCGGAGCGGCAGUGGUAAAUCAACUUUAGUUAUGACGUGUGCCGGUGCUACCACCAUCUCCAGUGGACGUGUGCUUAUCGAUGGUCAGGAUAUAAUGAGGGUUCCGCUACGAGCACUUCGUCAUCGUGUAGUUGUGGUACCGCAGGAGCCUGCCAUGUUCUCAGGCACGCUGCGAGAAAACUUGGAUCCUCUUGCCGUGCAUACAGAUGAUGAGAUAUGGCAAAGUCUUAGAGCGGUCGGACUUUAUGAAUUUGUUUCUGCUCAACCAGCUGGAUUAGAGUGGUGCGUGAGUGGGCGCGGAGGUAGGUGCGGCUGGAGCGGAGGGCGCGUAGCCCGCGCGGCGGCUGCGCGGGCGGCCCUGCACGCUCGCCCGGCGGCCGCCCUGCUGCUGGACGAGCCGGCCGCCGCGCUCGACGCGUCAGGUGAACGCGCGCUCCUCGCUGCGCUUGCGGCCGUCGCGCCACAUACUACUAUUAUCACCGUCGCACACCGCAUAUCGUCGGUGCGCGGCUACAGCCGGGGCGUGGUGCUGGAGGCGCGCGGCGUGGCCGAGCAGGGCGAGGUGGCGGCGCUGCUGGCGCAGCCCGCCUCCCGCCUCGCGCGCAUGCUCGCCGCCGCGCAGCGCCUCAACUGA